UACCGUCGCCCUCCCCUCCUCUAUCUGUUUAAAUGAGACAGCGCUGCUCGGCUCUGCGCUCUGAGUGUGUGUCACAGAACGGGCCGCUCUGUUAUGGAGGACUAACCGACUGAAAACGCCGCACAGCGCCUCUCCUGCCGCGCACCGAGGGCUCCCCCCAGGCCGGGAGGCUGUGGAUUCACGCCCGCUCUCCCGCACUUUGUGGACCGUCGUGCUUCUUAUGGGAUCGGAAGGCGCAUCUCUGUCUCUCUCUGACGGGACGCGGGACUGCCUCCCUUAGAAUCAUUUCCCUCGGCCUUUUUCUGCGUCGCAGCAUUUUGGGAGAAAACGUGAUUAAGCGGCCGGAAGCAGCGAGCCGAUCAUGGAUUAAUGCCCGAGUGAAUUCUCAUCUGAAAGGUUCCCAAUGUUGAACAUGUCCACCCCGAGUGAGCUGAAGUCUCCCUGCAUGACUCGUAAUGGUAUGGUGAAGUUGCCCCCCAGCCAGCCUAACGGUCUGGGCAGUGCGAGUAUCACCAAGGGGACGCCUGCUGCUAAGAACCGCUUAUGCCAGUCCUCCUCUGUGCCCUCCAUCUUGCCUCCUCCGCCGUCCUCUCUUCCCUAUCAUCACCAUCUGCAUCACUUGGACAGCCCCGGGAUGCCUCAUACCACAGCACCUCUCUUGCCCUCUGACCUGGAGCCAGGGAAGCCUCUGGUGGGGCUGAAGCCAUCUCUUCGUCAGCUUCCCCCCCUCACUUUGCCCAAACCCAUACUGCUGGAGCGUCAGCUGGUCCUGGAUGAGAAGCUCCUCAACCGACUACUCUGGUACUUCACCACGGCAGAAAAAUGUGUGCUUGCACAAGUAUGCAAGACAUGGCGCAAGGUGCUGUACCAGCCCAAGUUCUGGGAGGGGGUGACGCCCAUCUUGCAUGCCAAGGAGCUUUACAACAUACUACCCAACGGGGAGAAGGAGUUUGUCAGCCUGCAGGCCUUUGCUCUGCGGGGCUUCCAGUCGUUCUGCUUAGUGGGCGUUUCGGACCUCGACAUCUGUGAGUUUAUCGACAACUACCCGCUGUCCAAGAAGGGGGUUCGUUCUCUCAGCCUCAAGAGGUCAACCAUCACAGACGCUGGUUUGGAGGUCAUGUUGGAGCAAAUGCAGGGCCUGAUGCACCUGGAGCUGUCAGGCUGCAACGACUUCACGGAAGCUGGCCUGUGGUCCAGUCUCAAUGCCAGGCUAACGUCCCUCAGCGUCAGUGACUGCAUCAAUGUGGCGGAUGACGCUAUCGCUGCUAUUUCCCAGCUCCUGCCCAACCUAUCAGAGCUGAGCCUGCAGGCCUACCACGUCACUGACACGGCCAUGGCCUAUUUCACAGCCAAACAGGGCUACACCACCCACACUCUACGGCUCCAGUCCUGCUGGGAGAUCACCAACCACGGUGUGGUAAACAUGGUGCACAGCCUGCCCAACCUGACCGCCCUGAGCCUCUCAGGCUGCUCCAAGAUCACCGACGAUGGCGUGGAGCUGGUGGCCGAGAACCUCCGGAAGCUCCGCAGCCUGGACCUGUCCUGGUGCCCCCGGAUCACAGACAUGGCCCUGGAGUACAUUGCCUGCGAUCUGCACAAACUGGAGGAGCUGGUGCUAGACAGGUGUGUGCGAAUCACUGACACGGGGCUGGGCUACCUGUCCACCAUGUCUUCACUAAGAAGCCUUUAUCUGCGCUGGUGCUGCCAGGUUCAGGAUUUUGGUCUGCAGCAUUUGUUUGGAAUGAGAAGUCUCCGUCUGCUGUCUCUUGCAGGCUGCCCCCUGCUGACCACCACCGGGCUGUCAGGCCUCAUCCAGCUGCAGGAGCUGGAGGAACUGGAGCUGACCAACUGUCCAGGAGCCACGGCCGAGCUCUUCAAAUACUACGCCCAGCACCUGCCCCACUGCAUGGUCAUCGAGUAAGACGGCCCAGCCCUCAUCAGACAGACGGCCGUACGUCAACCUUCCUCCUCAACCCGUCCUCGUCCUUUUCCACACCGAGCUGUCCCUGCAUCACUCCUCCUCCUCCCUCCCUGCCCGUUCCUCACCCGUUCCCCUUUGCCCCCCUCCUCAGCCAUCUGAACGGACUCCCUCGCUGGCAGGCAGACUGAGAGGCAGGAAGGUCCAGAAUAGGACGUGCCACGUCCAGAGGCAUGGCGUCCGAGCUGCGUUUGAGAAGACGCUGGCGUGAAGAGCUCGGUGUGACGUCUUGUCUGACAGCAAGUUUCUUUUUCACAAACGGAGGAGAAAGCCUCUCUGUGGACUCGGAAGGCGUUUUUCUUAAAUUAAACGCACGCGACGGGGAGAGCGUGCACGCCCCAGAUGCAACAAGGAGGGAAAGGGAAGGCUAAAGACUUUUUGAUCGAUGGAGACGAAGAUUUUUUUUUUUAGCUGUUUGAACUCAUAAGCUCAUACACUGCAAACACACUAAAACGUAUACUGUAUGUAAGUAAAGCAAAUAUAACUCCUGAAGAUCAUGAGUGCUGACACGUGUCAUCUCUCCUUGUAAUAUUCCCCCUGUUGCCCUUUUUGUUUUCUUCUUCUUUUUUUUUCCUCAGAAGGGAUCCAAGGUUUCCUUUUCUCUCUCGCUCAGUUUCAGACUCUGCGUUUCUUGACAGAAAACCACCAAGUAAAUAAGGACGGACCAUCUUAAUAUCUCUUUUUUUUCUUCUCCCUGCUUCUGUGUGUGAAGUGUGUGUGUCACUGACUCACAGCUUCCCAUCUUCGGGAUCACCUUUUACUCCCCCAUUUCUGUGUCUUAACUGAAAUCCCCCCCCAAAAAAUAAAUAAAAUAUAACAAAACAAACAAAAAAAGGAAACAGAUGAGACAAAUAAACAUAAAAGAAGUCAAAAGAAGAUCUGAAAACAACUGUUUACAUCAGCUUUUUUUGUGGGGGUUACAGAGGGGUAGUUGCACGCUUAUUUGACUUGUUUGGUUCUGGCAAUCAUCUGUGGGCUCCUCUGUUUUCGUAUGACGGCGACAUGGGGGUGUAGAGACGCUGCAAACGGAUCCGCUGCGGGACGUUCAGUGACAUUUUUUGCCACGUCUGCACUGCAGCUACUAAACACAUUCAGGUAGCAGAGGAUUUUCAGUCGAGGACAUUUUUUUCACCCCCUCCAAACUUGAGGUUUGAGUUUGAAUUGUUUUUUUUGUUGUUGUUGUUUUUUUCUCACCUUUUUCUAAUCAGAAAACACCUGAUUUUAGUGUUAUUUUAGAGCAUUUGAACUUGUGUGGCUCUGAUGCUUCUAACACCACAGGGGGGGGGAUGCAGUUUGCAAAGCCAGAUUACUUCGGCAGCUGACAGGAAGGCUCGGUGAAUUCAGUGUUUAUUAGAAGAAUGUCUCGUCAACAGGCAGAGACUCGGGGCUCUGGGGAUUUCACUUACAUGGGAACGCCACGGCUUGCUCUAGAAACCACAAUCGGAGGCUUUUUUUGUUUUUUUAGGCUUUGAAGUCGUAGGAAAAAUGAAGGUGAGAUGGAAUUUGUGUGGUACAUAUUUCUACUCUGGAUGUUUCUGACAUGGUUCUGUUGCAAAGGGGAUAAUAGUAAAGUCGAUAGUGGAUUGAGGCUGUGCCGGUGCGUUCACUGACAAAAAAACAAGAAAAACCAAAACGUUGAACACCAAGUCAGCUCCCAGAAGGAAUGAACUGUAAUAAAUGGUAAUAAACAUCUAAACAGCCAUCAGAUAUAAGUGGACAUCACUGGUUCAGUUUCCAAACCAUAAACUAAAAAGGUUUGAGAAGAACAUUCCUCCCUUCCUGUUGUGAGUGAUUCUACCUAAACUAUUAAACUUCAUACUUAAGCUUGUCAGUAUUCACUAUAAGACAAGGUUUCACUUGUACUUUAAAAGAAAAGCAAAGGUACAGAGAAGACAUUUGUCAUGUCUACAGUAGGGCUGAGACACUUAAUCAGAUUAAUCGAUUCUUGAAGUAUUUGUGAUUGAUUAAUCACUAUCUGGCCUUUUGAGUCGACUCGAAAAAGGUCAUUUUCUAAAAGAACCACAAACUCAGAGUAGUAAUUAAGCCAAAAUGGCACAAAAAGUAUAUACAUUUGCAUUUGCAUGUGUCGGAAGCAGCAGGCGAAUCUUAAAGAGACAGAGACCCAAUUUCAAGGCGUUAAAUUACAAAGUCAAAUUACUUUUAAGCCAUAUGUGAUAUGUAGAGCCUUUUUAUAACAAAUGAAGUUACCAUAGUUACUUGAUUGUGCUGUAAAAUGGCACUACAUGAAAAACACAGAAUACUGGCCCUUUAAGUCUGCUGAUUGAUUUCAGUUUGAUUGAGAAGUGAACUGGAAAGGCUUCUUGCCAUGAUCAGUGCAAACCUUAGACAGUUUAUAAAAUCAUCUUAUAAGAACAGAAAAUAACCUCUUGAAAAUGUUCUAACAAUUUUAUGUUGGGAGUAAACCCAACAUGGCUUUGCAACUGAACUAUACCAUUAGCAUAAUCUACAGGUGGAUAAAGAGGUUCAGGGAAAAUGUGCUUACAGAAGGUAGUGGUGAGUGGGGUCUCACUCACCACUACCAGUCAUUCCUUGUGGGUUCUGAACACGGUGCCUAACUGUUCUGAAGAGUUAGAGUCUGAGCCGGAAAGGCCUGUUGCUGGUAACGAAACACAGCCAAGGUCAUGAAUCCAUAUCACUAAAGCUUUGACUCUCCCAAACAUUGGACAUGCUCAAAUAUAUCUGCUUCGAAAAAAGAAAAGCGGUAACGUUUCCUGUAACUCUGGGAGUCAGCCAUCUUGGUUUCUGGACGGGUCCACCGGCGCUCCUCUGUCCGCCCAACCGGAGCCAGACCAGAGUCAGGAAGCAGACUGAACUCUGAACCAGACUGGACCCCAUGCAUGUUUUUGCCUGGAGACGGCUAAUUCCAGACGUUCAGCAUCUCAUUGGUGUACAGACAUUUAUUUAUUUAUUCAUGUAUUUAUUUAUUUAAAUAAAUGUGUGUCUUAUUUUCAGAAUUUAUUUAUUGAAAAUGGCAUUUUUCGACUCUUUUGGUUCAGUUUUUGCUUCAAGUGUGACCUUAAUUGAGCUUAUUCAAUAAUUGCUGUUUUCUAUUGUUAUUGUUAACAAUAUUAUUAUUAUUAUUAUUAUUUAUGUUGUGACAUUUCAGGCCCUGUUAAGCAAAAUGAUCUAAACUCUUGGACACCAUUGACAUCAUGACCAGUAACUUCAAGUUUUUAAACCUUCAUAAAAUACUGAAGUAUAUUUUCCUCUGUGCAAGUCUGUGUCGACUUUGUAUUGCUGUUUGCUCCCUGCGGAAUAAUGGGAUCUUCAGCUGUGAUGUUAUAUUUACUGUCAUUGUGCUGAAUGUGGCAGCAAAAAUACAGAGUGUGAUAUACAUAAAAGCUUAUAAUGUGCGACUUCAACCUCUGCCAUGGCUGAGCAAUGUUUACAUUGUCUAAUUUUUAGAAAAGGGGAAGAUCUCUGAGGAUUCUAUGGAAGCUUAUUACUGACAAAACUACUGGACCAAAAAGAAACGUGUGGAGAUCCGGAGAUAAUCCUGCAAUCUGGCUUCAGCGCAACCUUUUGCUUUCAGUCUUUGGUUUUUAGUUAAAGGGAUUGUUCACGUUUUUUUGUUGUUUUUUUUGUAGGUGAAGUUCAGUCAAGAGGACAAGAGCAGUCAGUUUUUUACCCGCAGAAGAUAAUCUUCUUGACAUCUUCAUUCGGUGUGUAGAUCCACACAUUGAAUGGGAUUUCCCCUUCUGGCUAAUCCCAGAAGGGGAAGUGGAAGUGGAAUUCAUAAUGGUUCAUGGAGGAUUUUAAAAUCCUUUCAGGCACCACCAUGAUUAUUUAGACUGGAAGUGGAAGUGGGAGACAUUGCAUCACCACUGGACUUCCUGUGGGAGACAGGGAGAGCUGACCUACAGAGACCAGAUCAAUAUCAAGCACAUAUACUGUACGUGAUGGAACACGUUAAAAUUGUUAAAAUUGUUAAAAUUCAGGUUUAAAUGACUUUGGGAAUUUUUUUAUAAAUAUAAAUCAAAUUAAUUUGCGACUUUUAAUUAAUUAUUUUUGGUUGAAGACUGCAUUAGUGAAUAGAUAUGUAUGUGAACAUAAAAUAUGUAACUGUAUUAGUCCAUCUCUAAAAUAAACAGAAUGCCAUGGAGUUGUUUUCAUGAAAUGACUAAGAAAGCAGAAAGAAGUUUUUUUUAACACCAAUGAUGUUCUAAACCAAAUCAGUGUUUGCUGUUUGCUAUGCCUUUUAAUUUAACACCCUAUUGACUUUACUGAAAUGAUGUGCAAGCAAAUACUGGAGUUGAAAAAUUAAUGUCGGUAAAGCCAAGCCGGUCUGAAGGCUGCAUAACAAAAAAUGAACUAUAGCAGUUAAGCAAACGAUUUUUGUUUCAGCCGUUGUUCCUUAGUUUUCAGUGUGUUUCUCACAAAUGGACUGAACUUAUUUAGCGUUUUACCAAUCAUUUUUCACCACUCUCCGAUCUGGCCUCAUUAUAAAUGAAGUCUUUUCGGGAUCUAUAAUACAGUAGGUCGAUGGAUUUAUGUAUUAAUUGCCUACAGACCUUUCUCACAGCAAAAAUCCUGAAUAAUCCUUUGAAGGUAUUUAUAGUGGUAAAAUGUUGCAUCUUUAAUGAUGACUAAUAUUUGUGUUUCAUCGGCCCUACACCGUUCAUCCUGUGUUCUCCAACGCUGACUCCCAGUGUGAAACAAAGCUGUGGUUUUUUUUGUGUGUGUGUGCUUUCCAUAUUUUGCCUUUGAUGAGCUUCCAGUGAAUUCACACAUCUGUUUACAUAUCAUGAGCUCUCAUGCACAGUCAUUUCGUAGCUGCAAACAACUAACCUUUCUACGGAGCAUCACCCCAGGUCAUUUUCUAAGACAAAUCAUUUCUAUUAUCGUCUGCAGUCUUUCUGGUCAUCUGUCACUAUUUUGUUACAACCCUUGUACAGCACAAGUUUAACUAAGCAGUAAAAUAAAAGCUGACAAUUUACUGACAUCGUUGAAACUGA